AUGGCAAGUGCUGUCAGGAUUGUCAUUCUUGCCAUUGUUUCCCUGUCGUCGCUGACAAAUUGCCAGGAGGGAAUCUUACAUAUUUCAGAUGGCGUAACAGAGAAAGAAUUCUGCAUUGUUCAUAAUCACUCAUGGACUCCGCUGGCACAAUCCCUGGAUAUGUCGUUGGCCUACCCUUUGCUAAAUUUGACCUCCCAAUUGCUUUGCAACAGCUCAGGGGUCACUCCAGACAGUGUCAACGGAAAAGCUGUGGUGGUGAUGCGAGGAGACUGUGAUUUCAGCCAGAAAGCUUUGAUUGCUCAGAAACUUGGAGCUACCAUUUUGCUCAUAGCAAGCAACACAACUUUGAUUACCCCAUCAGCCAAUGAAUCUGAAUAUGCAAAGAUUACUAUUCCCCUGGCACUUAUGAGGUACAGGGACUUCCUACAAGCGCAAAAGGUGUUCACUGGGGAGAUGCAAGUGAAGCUGUAUGCCCCACCACAAGCUAAAAUAGACCCGAGCAUUAUUGUUAUGCUUCUUAUUGCUGUAAUAACAGUUUCUCUGGGUGGUUUCUGGAGUGGUGCAUGUGAAAGAGAGAGAUUAAGUAUGGGCCGUGACAAUGAAGGACAAGCUGAAAGCAAAAGUGACACAGAGAUCUCCAUUUUCUCCCCUCUAAAAGUGCUGCUCCUGGUUUUAGUGAUGUGUGGAAUGCUUGUCCUCAUGUACUACUUCUACAAAGUCUUAGUGUACGUCAUCAUUGUUAUUUUCUGUGUGGCAUCUGCAAAUGCUCUGUUUUUCUGCUUUGAUGCUGUGUUGGAUCAAAUUGGCUGUGGCACUAUAAGGUUUUCAGUGAGGAAUCGGAAUUUUUCUGUCAGGUCAAUUAUUCUGGCUUCUGUGUGCAUUGUGAUUGCUGUGAUUUGGGGAGUGUACAGGAAUGAAGACCGAUGGAUCUGGGUACUGCAGGAUAUCCUUGGCGUUGCGUUCUGCCUUAACUUCAUAAGAACAAUAUCAUUGUCUAACUUUAAGAUCUGUGUGAUUCUACUGAGCCUCCUUCUUAUUUAUGACGUCUUCUUCGUUUUUAUCACCCCAUUCUUCACCAAGAAUGGAGUCAGUAUCAUGGUGCAGGUUGCACUUGGCCCGGAUGUGUCUGGCGAAAAGAUGCAGGAUAACAUGGUGGAGGUGCCUGCUGAGCCCCAGCCCCCUACAGAAAAACUCCCUGUUGUUAUGCGAGUCCCUCGGUUCUCAGGCAUGGCCCAGAAUUUAUGCGGGAUGCAAUUCUCAAUUCUGGGCUAUGGAGAUAUUCUUAUUCCAGGGUUACUGGUAGCUUACUGCAGUAGGUUUGAUGUGUGGGUAAAUAGUAAAUGGAAGGUCUACUACACCAGCUGCUGUGCAGCUUACCUGAUGGGACUGAUCGUCACAUUUGCAGCCAUGCUUCUGUCUGGGAUGGGUCAGCCAGCCUUGCUUUACCUAGUGCCUUUUACUCUAAUAACCUCUGCUGUGGUGGCUGGAUGCAGAAGAGAAAUGAAAACAUUUUGGAAUGGACAGAUCUAUGAAGUCUUGGAUUCAUCCAGGGAACCUUUGCUACCAGAGGGAAGAACUGAACGAGCCAUAGAAGGCCAACCGAGACCAGCGUCAAUAGAUGGAUACACGCUGCGACACAGCUCUUCCUCAGUCUCAACGGUGAAGAGGAUGUCCCAGAAACCCUGGAUCGAGAACACAUUCAGCAAGCGGGAAUGUGUGUAUAUGCUCACAGUGUCCAGAGACCCCCACAGAUGCCUUCCAGGAUGCCAGAUUUGCAAACAGCUUGUUCGGUGCCACUGUGGGCGCCUUGCACGGCAACAUGGCUUCUCAGUCGGCAUUGCUUCCAAAUAUUCGGACGUGAGGUUGGGUGAGAAUGGCAACCUGUCUGUGCCUGAGUUGGAGGAAUGGUCAGUGGAGAAACACACAGAGGCCUCUCCCACAGAUGCCUACGGAGUCAUCAACUUCCAAGGAGGCUCUCACUCGUACAGAGCCAAGUAUGCGCGUUUGUCCCAUGACUCGCAGCCUGAGAACAUCUUGCGACUGAUGUUGAAGGAAUGGCACAUGGAGCUUCCCAAGAUCUUGAUCUCCGUUCAUGGAGGAGUUCAAAAUUUUGAGCUUCACCCUCGUAUCAAGCAGGUGGUGGGGAAAGGCCUAAUUAAAGCUGCAGUCACCACCGGGGCCUGGAUUUUCACUGGAGGUGUCAACACAGGUGUUGCAAAGCAUGUUGGAGAUGCUCUGAAAGAGCAUUGCUCAAGAUCAUCUAAGAAAAUAUGCACGGUCGGCAUUGCUCCAUGGGGAGUGAUUGAAAACAAAGAUGAUCUCAUCGGCAGAGAUAUCAUCGCACCCUACCAAACACUUCUGAACCCUCUCAGUAAACUCAACGUACUCAACAAUCUACAUUCUCAUUUUCUCUUGGUGGACGAUGGCACAGUGGGGAAGUACGGCGCUGAAGUCCAACUUCGUAGAGACCUGGAGAAGCACAUCAACCUGCAAAGGAUUCAUGCUCGUAUUGGUCAGGGUGUACCUGUUGUGGCCUUAAUCUUGGAAGGAGGCCCCAAUGUGAUCCUGACCGUCCUCGAGUAUCUCCAGGAGACUCCUCCGGUGCCGGUGGUGGUGUGUGAAGGAACUGGCCGUGCUGCAGACAUACUGGCCUAUGUUCAUAAGCAGACUGAGGAGGAAGGAAAUCUUCCUGAUGGCGUGGACAUUGACAUUAUUGCAACCAUAAAGAAAACUUUUAAUUUUGGCCAGAGUGCUGCGGUCCACCUCUUUCAGAAGCUUAUGGAGUGUAUGAAGAGCAAAGAACUGAUCACAGUGUUUCACAUAAGCUCAGAGGAACACCAGGACAUUGAUGUGGCUAUCCUAAGAGCCUUACUUCAAGGUACAAAUUCAUCUCCCUUCGAACAGCUCGUCCUGACGAUGGCCUGGAACCGUGUGGACAUAGCCAAGAAUCAUGUGUUUAUUUAUGGACAGCAGUUAAUGGUUAGCUCUCUGGAGCAGGCCAUGCUGGAUGCUCUUGUGAUGGACAGGGUGGAGUUUGUGAAACUGCUCAUUGAAAAUGGCGUUAGCAUGCAUCGAUUUUUGACAAUCAACCGACUUGAAGAGCUUUACAACACUAAACAGCCCCCAAACAACCCAACUCUUUUAAACCUGGUUCGGGAUGUGAAACAGAGCCAUCUCCCUCCAAACUACAAGAUCACGCUCAUAGAUGUUGGACUGGUUAUUGAGUACCUGAUGGGUGGAACUUACAGGUGCAACUAUACUCGGAAAAGGUUCAGAAUCAUUUACAACAAUCUCCAUGCCAACAACAGGCGGUCUGGGCGACACAUGCCUGGUCCUGGUUCCCAUUUGCGAAAAGGUCACGAGUCUUUUAGCAUGCAAGCUGACAAAAAGGAAAAAACAAGACACAACCACUUCAUCAAAACGGCACAGCCAUACAAACCAAAGCCGGAAACUUCCAUGGAUCAAAACAAGAAAAGAACCAAGGAGGAAAUUGUAGACAUUGACGAUCCAGAGACCCGGCGUUUUCCUUACCCUUUCAAUGAACUUCUAGCGUGGGCAGUGCUGCUGAAGAGGCAGAAAAUGGCUUUGUUCUUUUGGCAACAAGGAGAAGAAAACAUGGCUAAGGCUUUGGUGGCCUGCAAACUCUGUCGAUCAAUGGGCUAUGAGGCUAAAAAAAGUGACGUUGUAGAUGACACAUCUGAGGAGUUUAAAGAAUAUUCCACUGAGUUUGGAACCCUGGCUGUAGAUCUGCUGGAGCAGUCGUUCAGACAGGAUGAGACUAUGGCCAUGAAGCUGCUGACUUAUGAGCUCAAAAACUGGAGUAAUUCCACCUGUCUCAAACUGGCCGUGUCCUCCCAUCUUCGGCCGUUUGUAGCUCAUAACAGCACACAGAUGCUGCUGUCCGAUAUGUGGAUGGGGCGACUAAACAUGCGCAAGAACUCCUGGUACAAGGUGAUUCUGAGUAUCUUGGUGCCGCCUGCCAUCCUUUUGUUGGAAUACAAAUCCAAAGCUGAGAUGGCUCACAUCCCUCAGUCACAGGAUGAUCACCAGAUGACGAUGGAGGACAGUGAAAGCAAUUUCCAAAACACUGUUGAUGACAUUCAGAUGGAUGUGUUUAAAGAAAGCAGAGUGCAUGACCACAUGGAAGUAAAAAAUGAAGUGGAAACACAAACUCGCCCCAGAAAACUUCCAUUAACUAGGAAAAUCUAUGCCUUCUACCAUGCUCCCAUUGUCAAGUUUUGGGCCAAUACGCUUUUCUACCUUGCCUUCUUGAUGCUCUACUCGUAUGUGGUUCUGGUCAAGAUGCCUGAAUGGCCUUCUCCUCAGGAGUGGAUUGUUAUUCUCUACAUAUUUACAUCUGCCAUUGAAAAGAUUAGAGAGAUGUUCAUGUCUGAAGCUGGCAAAAUAAGUCAGAAGAUAAAAGUGUGGUUUAGUGAAUAUUUUAAUCUGUCUGACUUUGUAGCAAUUGUGACUUUCUUCAUUGGCUUUGGUCUGAGACUGGGAGGUGUGGAAACUUUUGUCCCAGGACGGACAGUUUAUUGUCUCAAUAUAAUCUUCUGGUAUGUGAGACUGCUUGACAUACUCGCUGUCAACCAACAAGCCGGACCCUAUGUCACAAUGAUUGCUAAAAUGGUGGCCAACAUGUUUUACAUAGUGGUGAUAAUGGUUAUUGUGCUGCUAAGCUAUGGCGUGCCUCGAAAAGCUAUCCUCUACCCACAUGAAGAGCCCAGCUGGACACUGGCCAAAGAUGUGGUGUUUCAGCCAUAUUGGAUGAUGUAUGGGGAGGUGUAUGCCUAUGAAAUCGAUGUCUGUGCCAACAACAGUGAUAGUUCUGUGAAGGAUUUAUGUGCAGCAGGAGUUUGGUUAACUCCUCUACUGCAAGCUGUCUACCUCUUUGUACAGUACAUUCUAAUGGUCAACCUCCUCAUUGCCUUUUUCAACAAUGUCUACAUUCAAGUGAAGUCCAUCUCAAACCUUGUGUGGAAAUACCAGCGAUACCAUUUUAUCAUGGCCUAUCAUGAAAAGCCCGUUCUGCCGCCGCCGUUCAUCCUCCUCUGCCAUAUAUACUCACUGUUCUGUAUGUGUAGGAAGCGGAAGAAAGAGAAUACUUAUGGACCAAAACUGUUUCUCACAGAGGAAGACCAAAAAAAGCUACAUGAUUUUGAAGAGCAGUGCGUGGAGACAUAUUUUCAUGAAAAGGACGAUCAGUUUCACUCUGGUAGUGAGGAACGCAUACGCCUCACCUCAAAAAGAGUUGAGACCAUGUGUAUGCAACUAAAAGAAGUUGGGAACAGGGUCAAUUACAUAAAAAGCUCUUUGCACACCCUGGACUCUCAGAUCGGCCACCUCCAGGACCUUUCCGUUCUGACCGUGGACACCCUUAAGACCCUCACUGCUCAGAGGGCGUCUGAGGCCAGCAAAGUCCACAAUCAGAUAACCAGAGAACUGAGCCUUUCCAAGAAUUUAGUACCCAGCAUUGCCCCUGUGCCGAUGGACACGGGACGCCUCUCCAAAUCCUCCGUCAUUGGGAAAUGCAGUUUUGGGACUUACUUUGGGUCCUCGUUUGGCUCCUAUCCUCAAGCAGGGGCUAACAUUGCAGAUUCCCUGUUUGGAAAUACAAGUGAAAUUGCCCGCAGAUUCAUGGGAAAGGACUCCAGUUUGAGUCCAGAAAAGAGGGGCUUGUUUGGGCUCGGGCCGUCAGAUCUUGAGGCUGGCUCCUCUAGCAGUGCAGGCCCCAGUGCCUCGGCCCGAAGUGCUUUGGCCUUGUCCCCUCCAGAGCUGCCCCUCCGAGGCCACUCUCUCACACAGAGACUGAGCCGUCCACAUGAGCCGGGCUUUUCCGACUCUCCUUCCAGCCUUCCUAAUGUGCCCUCAAGUGGGGCACUUUUCCACAUCAGCAGCACCCCCUCCAGCCAACCUGAAAUGACUUCCGCUGGUUUUGACCAGGCCAUGCUGCUAGAGAGCACAACUGUAGAGUUUGGGGCAUUUGUUGGACAUAAAGACAGUUUGGGACACUCCUCACCAAAACCUGGUACGAGCACACAGCCAACGCCUGACGCACAAACAAGACCACAGUCUGAAACACAGGGUCACAUGAGGGCAGUCAGCUCGUACGCAGGCUUCACAGACUUUGGACGGAAUCCUGGUUUUCUCCAUCCUGACUCGACUUUGAAAAGGGACAAGAGCAGAGUUUCAGCUGAAGACAUCCUCACUCAUGAAAAUGCUCGAACUGCUUUACUGGAAAGGGUGCAAAUCAAAUCAGCCCAAACCAGCAGCCUACGUGCCCCAGUGGAAGAUGCCUCCAACGCCGCAGUUUCUCUGUUCACACCUCGCAACGCUCACCUUGGAGCCAGAAAGGACUCUAUUGGCUCACCGUUUAAACCUAUGGAAAAUGUCCAAUUCUCAGCUGUGGAGCGAAACAACCUAAUGAGGCUGUCCCAUAGUAUUCCCUUCACCCCUGUGCCCCCUAAAGGUGAACCUGUCACUGUGUACCGCCUGGAAGAAAGCUCUCCCAACACCAUCAACAACAGCAUGUCUUCCUGGGCCCAGCGCGGCCUUAGUGCUAAAAUUGAGUUCCUUAGUAGAGAGGAAAUGGGUGGGGGUCUUCGACGCGCUCUCAAAGUUCUCUGCACAUGGUCCGAGUACGACAUCCUCAAACAGGGGCACCUGUACAUCGUCAAGUCCUUCCUUCCGGAGGUGAUCCAGACCUGGCAGAGCAUCUACAAGGAGGAGACUGUGCUGCAUCUCUGUCUCAGGGAAAUUCAGCAGCAACGAGCUGCCCAGAAGCUCACAUUUGCCUUCAAUCAAAUCCGACCGAAAACAAUUCCUUAUUCACCGAGGUUUCUGGAGGUGUUCCUGCUCUAUUGUCACUCUGCUGGACAGUGGUUUGCCAUAGAGGAAUGCAUCACCGGAGAGUUCAGAAAGUUUAACAACAACAAUGGAGAGGAGAUUGUUCCCACCAGUCUGCUUGAGGAAACAAUGCUGGCCUUCAGCCACUGGACGUACGAGUACACGCGCGGAGAGCUGCUGGUGCUCGACCUGCAGGGUGUGGGGGAAAUUCUGACCGAUCCAUCCGUCAUUAAGAGUGGUGAGAAGGGGUCAUAUGAUAUGAUUUUUGGUCCUGCCAACCUGGGGGAUGAUGCCAUCAGAAAUUUCCGUGCAAAACAUCACUGCAACUCCUGCUGCAGGAAACUCCGACUUCCUGAUCUGAAGAUAAACGAGUACACCCCAGACAAGGCGUCCUUCCCCCAAGACGACCCCGCCAAUCCAGGAGGUGGAGUCAAAGAGUCCCGCCAGUCCCUCCGGCUGCUUUAG